CUUAAGCAUAAGCGCAGGAAAGGAGGAGGAGGAGGAGGAGGAGAGCAAGUGCAGGAAUUUUGAUAGAAACAACAUGGCAGCACAGCAGCAAGUGCAAAAGAACACGCUAUACGUAGGAGGAUUAGCUGAGGAAGUAAACGAAGCAAUACUCCACGCUACUUUCAUUCCCUUUGGUGACAUUAAGGAUGUCAAAACCCCCUUAGAUCAAGCCACACAGAAACACCGCUCUUUUGGCUUCGUUACUUUCCUCGAAAGAGAGGACGCCGCCUCCGCCAUGGACAAUAUGGAUGGCGCUGAGCUCUAUGGUCGUGUCCUCACCGUUAAUUACGCCUUGCCUGAGAAGAUUAAGGGUGGUGAACAAGGCUGGGCUGCCCAGCCAAUCUGGGCUGAUGCGGACACAUGGUUCGAAAGGCAGCAGCAAGAGGAGGAAAUGCAGCGUAUGCAGGCAGAGAACAGGGUUGCAAUGGAAGCUGCAGAAGAGUUGCACAGAAAGAAGAUGGCAGAGGAGCAAGAAGGGGAGAAGGAAGAUGAAGGGCAGGUCAAGGAUGAUCCAAUGGCAAGGGCUGAAGCGGAGGUCUUGAAACAGAACAUAUCUUAGCCAACAAAAUGUGUGUUUGUGAAACAAAUUAUCUACAUUGGCAUGAAAUGGUUUUUCGUACUCCCUCCCUCCGAUACGUUUAUGCAACUUACCACAACUCUCUUUCAAGAGCUUGUGUGGUGCAAGGGAUACCAGUAUUCUCAUAGUUGAGUA